UUGCCAUUUAUUCGGUGGUUAUUCAUUUGAGCAAAGUUGACUUAAAAUCGAAAUCCAGAUGUAGGAUCGUUAGACAGUUUUCUUCUUUAUUGAAAAAGAUGUAACUCAUUUGUUAUGGAAAUAGGGCGUGUUGCUGCUUGAAAGAUAUCGAUUCGUGACGUCAGUUUGUGUACACAAUCUGUAAAAUAUGGCUGAGCUAAGAAAAAGGCACACCGAGACGGCGGCAGCAGAAGACUCAGACAAGGGCCAAGAGAUUGACAGUGAUCCGCGUGAAGAUUUGGAUUCAGAAGAUGACAAAAGUCCUGAUGAAAAAGCAGACAUUGUCCUUACAAAAACCAUUCCAACGGGAACUGACAAGACGCCUGAAAUUUUGGACUCUGCUCUAAAGGGAUUCUCAGAUAGAUGGCGCAACUGGACAAUCCGAGGAAUUUUCACUUUUGUGAUGAUUGGCGGCUUUGGCUUGUUGAUAUAUGCAGGGCCAUUAGCCCUGAUGGUAGCGACAUUGAUAGUACAAGUAAAGUGCUUUGAAGAAAUCAUUAACAUUGGAUAUGCAGUCUACCGUAUUCACGGUCUGCCUUGGUUCCGUUCUCUGUCAUGGUACUUCCUCAUCACAUCUAAUUACUUCUUUUAUGGAGAGAGCUUAGUUGAUUAUUUCAGUGUUGUCAUCAACAAGCAAGAUUACUUGAGAGUUCUGGUGACAUACCACCGUUUCUUCUCAUUCUGCCUUUACAUUGUGGGAUUUGUAUGGUUUGUUCUUUCACUUGUGAAAAAGUAUUACAUGAAACAAUUCUCUCUGUUUGCUUGGACACAUGUUGCUCUCCUAAUAGUUGUCACUCAGAGCUACCUCAUCAUACAGAAUAUUUUUGAAGGUCUGAUUUGGUUCAUUGUGCCCGUAUCAAUGAUUGUGAUAAAUGAUGUUUGGGCAUAUAUAUUUGGCUUUUUCCUUGGACGCACACCAUUGAUCAAGCUUUCUCCUAAGAAAACUUGGGAAGGAUUCAUUGGGGGUGGGCUGGCUACUGUCUUCUUUGGACUUUUGAUGUCAUACGUUAUGUGUCAAUAUCAGUACUUUGUCUGUCCUAUUGAGUACAGCGAAACUCAGGGUGCUAUGACAAUGGAAUGUGAGCCCUCCCGUUUGUUCCGCCUUGAGGAGUAUACUCUUCCUGAAACCAUGUCUGGUCUCCUAAAAUUGGUUGGAGUGAAAAAUACAGUCACUUUGUAUCCCUUCAUGCUCCACUCCCUCUCAAUGUCUACCUUCAGCUCUGUCAUUGGUCCAUUUGGUGGCUUCUUUGCUAGUGGUUUUAAACGAGCAUUUAAAAUCAAAGACUUUGGUGAUGUUAUCCCUGGUCAUGGUGGUAUCAUGGAUCGCUUUGACUGCCAGUAUUUGAUGGCAACAUUUGUGAAUGUUUAUAUUUCCAGCUUUAUUCACAACCAGUCUCCUCAGAAAUUGCUACAAAUGGUUCUGUCCCUGAAGCCCGAACAGCAGUUAAAUCUCUUCUAUACUCUAAAAGAGAAUCUUGAGAAGCGGGGUAUUGUACAACCCCCUUAAAUACUUAAUAUUUUGCUUAAUCUUACUUUUUUUUUCUUGCCGUGCUUUCAUCUGCAUGUUACAUCCUUGCUUUCAGAUCAUUCCAAGAAAAUGCUUACUUUUCAUAUGUCUUGUUUUAAUUAAUAUUUCUUUUAUCAACAAAUCCAUAUGGUAAACUGUUUUUAUAAUGAUAUCUCAUGUACCUCAAUGAGCAAACACUAAUCUAUCACUUUUGUUUAACCUUCAGCCAGUAUUGUGUACUUUGAUGUAGGCGAUUGACGUUCAUAAUACUUAGUUUUAAAGCUGAAAGAAUUACAUCACUAAUUAUGUAUCAAAGUGCAAUAACCACGACAUUAACUAAACAAGAAAUCUCACCCAUUUAAUAUACUAGGAAGUGUUCUUUUAUGUAUGAGCUGGUUCAUUACAAAGCCUGACCAUACAACCUCAUCUUAGAGCAGAUAUGAUUUUUAUAUCGUAAUGAGUAUUAGUUGUGCAGCUUAUUAUAUUUACUCCAGUUGCUCUUGUAAAUUUUCUCAUUUUGCAUACAGUUUACUGCUAUUCUUUGCAUUUGAAUGUUUGAAUGAUAAAUAGAGCCCUUCCGUUCAAAUUUAAUUAAGGUGCAAUUCAUUGAUGUUCAACUAGCGUAGAAAAAUGCUCCCUUUUAUAUUCUUAUUGUGUUUGUUUAACAUUAUGUUGUAAAUGCAUUAUGUUGCAUUAUGUUAAAAGACAUCUUAAAAUUUUCAUAUCACAUGAAAAGAUUGUAGUUUAUGUUUGUGAUGAUAUGCAUUCAUUUUAAUUUAGUUGGAGCUUUAGUAAAUUAUUAUUGGUGUCCUGAACUUCAAUUAAGUAGUUAGUUAGAAUUCCCUUUGUAUGUGUUCAUGAUGAAAAAAAAAAAUCACCUCAGUGGAAAUGAAGUAUAUAUUAUCUUCAUGAAAAAUAAUACUAGUCAGUAGCUAACUGUGCAACAUCUGAUCAACACAUUAGCUCACAUUAUAGCCCUGUUAAAAGAAGAAAGUUGUCUGUUAUGCUUUUUGUUUGAUCUAAUGACUUAUUGAUCUGCUCUGUAUUUUAUCCAUGUUUCAUGUUAUUAUAAUAAUAUGCUGCCAAGAUCUAAAUGCUACGCUAUUAUACAAUUUCAAAGUUUUCAAGAAAAUUUUCCUGAGAAUGGCACUGCAUUUUUUUUAACAUAUUUUUUUUUGUACAAAAAUAAGUUAGCAAUUUUAAAUGUUUUGCUUCUUGUGCCAAUGUACCUUUCGGCUAGUGUUUUUAUUGAACGUAUUCUGUUUAUAACCUCUAUAGAUUUUUAUCUUUUCAUGGCAUUUAUACUUACUGCUGGUAAGACAUUUUACAAGGAUGUAUUGAAAAAUUCAUGUCAUGUACAUCAGUGUGUGCUUUCAUUUGCUUGUCGUGUUUCCAGUAUUACAAGCUGCAAGUUUUGAUCAAUUAUGUGCCUUCCCUGUUAACCCUUUUCCUUUCUAUUCUGAUUGCUGAUUGGAAUUGUUACUUGUAAGAUGAUUCACCUAAGUCGUUUUCUCCACGUUCAGACAAGUUUUGUUGUUUUUAAAUGCAAAGUAUGUCGUAAAACAGAAGAUAGAGCUUUUAAAAGCCUUCUUUGUUCUUCCAUUUUCAGUAAUUUAAGCUGAAAAUUCAUGUUUUGCACUCGCUGCUACUGAAUAUUCUAUAUUUCUAUAUAGAUAAUUGAUGCCCUCUAUAACUAACUGGAUGUGUUAUGACUUUAUUAUGUGGUAUUUAUGUUUUUCAUUUGUACUGUACCUGGUUUAGGACUAUCAAUCAGCAGACCUGGUCAGUAGCAACACAUUUUGGCAUUGGUUGGUCAUUUAAACAGUUUCUUUGGAAUGUUGGAAAAUUGAUGAGCACACGCUUAUGGUUGAGUUUGUUGUGAUUGUAUUUUUUAAAAACACCUAUGCGAAUUGUGGCUUUUGUUUGGUUGAAGGGUGGAUGCUUACAUGGCUCUGUAAUAGUUUUGGUGUUGGUUUCUAGAUCUUUGAGCUUCUCCCCUUGGUGCAAAUUUUAUGGAAGAUUUGCUUGUGAUAGAUUAUCAAAUGAGUCAUAUGUAUUUAGGAACGGCACAUUUGAUAUUUUGUCAGGUGCAAUGCAUCAUGUAAAGGUGGUGGAUCAUUUAUGAAGUAGUUAUAUUUCGGUAGUGGUGUUUCAUAUUCAAUAACCUUAGACUGGACCGCUCUUAAUGCAUUGUGGGGCUUUUGAAAUAUAUCUACAUGUUUUCAAGAAAAUUGUUUCUUGCCAGUUCACAGUUUGAAAGAGAUCACAUGCAGGCAUUUAAAGGUUCAUCUCCAUUGCGUCUUGGUUGCAUGUGAAUUUUAUUAUUCUCUACUAGUUAACACAUUAAGGCAACAUUUAGUAUACAUAUGUAGAUCCCAAGUUGAAGCUUCUUUUCUAUCCCAUAUAGCAUCCACCCCUUGAAUUUAUGAGACAUUAUGUGUAAAACAUAAACUGCUGGUUAUUGGACCCUUAUGUUGUACAUGUUUUUCGGUCAAAAUUGAUUUUUGACUUGUAAUGUGUAUUGUGUCUUUCAGCACACAACAGCAUAGGCACAGACCUCUACAAGGAGGAAAAUCAUGUCUUUUUGCGUUGUGUUGAUCAAAAUUUAUUUAGGAGUCAAUUACUGUCAGACUUCUUGUGACUAAUAAAUGGUACUAAUAAGUCUCUGUGGUUUGUGCUGCCUUGCUGUUUGUGCUUGUAGACAUUAUUUUAUUUUACUGAUAUUUUUUUUGUUUUUGUUUACACUUUUUCUGUUUCAAAAAAGAUACAGCCUGUCAAUAGUUAUGUAGCUGCUCUCAUGUUACUGUGAAAAUACAAAUUAGUGUUUUUAUUAUGUUCUUAUUGCUUUAAACUGGGUGCAUUUUGAUUAUUUUGUAGUGAAGCAAUGUAGCUUUUGGUCUCACUUAUUGUAAACUCGAAUCAUCGCUCUUAAAUGUUUGUGUUACGACUGACAAUUGUCAGGGUAUCUGGUCAGUCAAUAUUUCACCAUUUGCAGCAGGCUGCCAAAUAUGCAACUUGAGAUCCCUUGUAUGAAUUCUAAUGCUUUCUAGGAUUGUGGACCAAUUGAGUUCAUACUUAUGGGAUCUGGUGGAAAGUAAUAAAAAUCAGAUUUUCCCCUAACAUUUUCUUGAUAGAAUUCUAUCUAUAAAUCAUGUACUAAGAAGUGAUAUAUAAUGUGUUAGUAAACAGGUCUUUGUUGUCUAGUUAUUACGUGUUGUGUGUGGUUGUCUUAAGUAUACUAUAUAGUUUAUGUAGUGAGAAUGAAUUCAAUGUUUGUUGUAUUUAUGUGCUGUUUGAAAGUUUAUGUCUGAGACUUAAAUUUGCCAGUGUUGUUUUACUUUUUCCAAAAUUGUAACCUAUCUGCAAUUUGUUGAAGUUUGCAGUUUUGAUCUUGUUUUUAAAUUGAAUAUCUGUAAUAUCUGCAGGUCGUACGGCUGAGCGUAGAUUUUGAGGUUCUACUUCAUUAGUUUUAUGGAGUCCCUUUCCUCAGACGCACUUUGGAUUGGUUUAUCCCAUUUCAUUUUCUAAAUUAUUGCUCCUCAUUUUUGUUUCAAAGAAAACGUUUCUGUGCCAAAGUAUCAGUUUUCCGGUAGGGUUUUGUUGGAGAGAGGCAUGCUCCUCUCACGCAGAAGAAGAUUUCUCUUUCACCUCAAUUUUGAAAAGUGUUUUCAAUUUUCCUGCAUUUUGCUUCUUGAGACAUGUGAUUUAACCACUUUUCCUGUAAAUGCUGUUCACUGUAGGUUCUAAUCUUUGACAUCAGAGCUCUUGAAAUGUCUCUCUAUACUGGAGUUAACAAAGUGUAGCACGUUUUUAGAAGUUUAUUCAUCUUCAUGUUGUAUCGUAAUUCAUCUACUUUAUCACAAUUUUAAACUAUUACUUAGUGCGGUACGCAUCAGCAAGUGUGGUUAGAUAUUUGAUUCUAAAAAUAAUAAAUACUACCGUAGCUCAUAUUUAUGAGUGUAUUUUGCUUCUUUGCGUCAGUAAUUGUUUGCUUUUGUUCCAUUUCCUAUUGAGUGACUUCCAUUAGUUUGACAUGCCUUGGAGGAAAUCUAAACAUUCUGCAACGACAUCUCUCUGUUUUUAUAAAAGAUUUGAAUGUGAUUGUGUAGAAAAAAAGAAUGAAAAGGAAUCAGUUUCUCUAACUUCAGAAAUUAUUGAGGGCAAAUUUAUGUAUUAGAGCCAUAGGUGCUAAUAAAACUGAAUGUUGAAUUA